AUGAAAUCCAACCAGGAGCGGAGCAACGAAUGCCUGCCUCCCAAGAAGCGAGAGAUCCCUGCCACCAGCCGGCCCUCGGAAGAGAAGGCAGCGGCCCUGCCCACCGACAACCACAGGGCUGAGGCGGCAUGGCUCCCCAGCAACCCUGGUGGCCGUGGCCACGGGGGUGGGAGGCACGGGCCGGCGGGGACUUCAGCGGAGCUCGGUUUACAACAGGGAAUAGGUUUACACAAAGCGCUGUCCACUGGGCUGGACUACUCCCCACCCAGCGCUCCCAGGUCGGUGCCAGCAGCCACCACGCUGCCCGCGGCGUACCCUCCCCCACAGUCAGGGACCCCAGUGUCCCCCGUGCAGUACGCUCACCUGCCGCACACCUUCCAGUUCAUCGGGUCUUCACAGUACGGUGGACCCUAUGCCGGCUUCAUCCCUUCCCAGUUGAUCUCCCCGACGGCCAGCCCCGUCACCAGCGUGGUGGCCACUGCCCCAUCCCAGCGCUCCCAGCUGGAGGCCUACUCCACUCUGCUGUCCAACAUGGGUGGGCUGAGCCAGGCCCCAGGGCACAAGGUUGAGCAUCAGCAGCAACUGUGCAGGGCUCCGGGGCUUGUCACCCCGGGGUCCCCCCCACCGACCCAGCAGAACCAAUAUGUCCACAUCUCCAGUUCUCCGCAGAGCUCCGGGCGCCCGGCCUCUCCCCCGCCUGUGCCCGUCCACCUCCACCCCCAUCCGACGAUGAUCCCACACACGCUCACUCUGGGGCCCUCCUCCCAGGUCGUCGUUCAAUACACAGAUUCCAGCAGCCACUUUGUCCCCCGGGAGUCCACCAAGAAAGCCGAGAGUGGCAGGCUACAGCCAUCCCUCCAAGCCAAGGAGGUCUUGAAUGGGGAGAUGGAGAAGAGCCGGCGGUAUGGGGCUCCAUCCUCAACCGAACUGGGCCUGGGCAAGGCCGGGGGCAAGGUGGUCACUCACCCCUACGAAUCCAGACAUGUGGUAGUCCACCCAAGCCCUGCGGACUACAGCAGCCGAGACCCCCCAGGGGUGCGAGGCUCUGUGAUGGCUUUGCCCAACAGCAGCACACCGGCUGCGGUUGCCGCCUCUGACCUGGACGUCCAGCAGGCCACGCAUCGUGAGGCCUCGCCCUCCACCCUCAACGAUAAAGGCAGUCUGCACUUGGGGAAGCCGGGCCACCGCUCCUAUGCGCUGUCACCUCACACAGUUAUCCAGACCACGCACAGUGCUUCAGAACCACUUCCGGUCGGACUGCCAGCCACAGCCUUCUACGCGGGCACACAACCCCCCGUCAUCGGCUACCUGAGCGGCCAGCAGCAAGCAAUCACUUACGGCCAGCACCUGGUGAUCCCUGGCACCCAGCCCCUGCUCAUCCCGGUUGGUAGCUCUGACAUGGAGGCGUCAGGGGCAGCCUCUGCCAUUGUCACAUCAUCACCCCAGUUUGCUGCAGUGCCUCACACGUUCGUCACUACCGCCCUUCCCAAGAGCGAGAACUUCAGCCCCGAGGCCCUGGCCGCCCCAGCUGCCUACCCAGCAAUGGUACAGGCCCAGAUCCACCUGCCCGUAGUGCAGUCGGUGGCGUCCCCCGCCGCAGCUCCCCCCACACUGCCCCCUUACUUCAUGAAAGGUUCCAUCAUCCAGCUGGCCAAUGGGGAGCUGAAGAAGGUGGAGGACUUGAAGACAGAAGACUUCAUCCAGAGCGCGGAGAUCAGCAGCGACCUGAAGAUCGACUCGAGCACUGUGGAGAGGAUCGAAGACAGCCACAGCCCUGGCGUGGCUGUGAUCCAGUUCGCAGUCGGGGAGCACCGAGCACAGGUAAGCGUGGAAGUCUUGGUGGAGUAUCCUUUUUUUGUGUUUGGACAGGGCUGGUCGUCCUGCUGUCCAGAGAGAACCAGCCAACUCUUUGAUUUGCCGUGUUCCAAACUCUCAGUUGGGGACGUCUGCAUCUCGCUUACCCUCAAGAACGUGAAGAACGGCUCUGUUAAAAAGGGCCAGCCCGCUGAUCCUGCCAGCGCCCUGCUGAAGCAUGCAAAGACCGAGAGCCUGGCGGGCAGCAGACACAGGUACGCAGAGCAGGAGAACGGGCUCAAUCAGGGAAGUGCUCAGAUGCUGUCUGAGAAUGGGGAACUCAAGUUUCCGGAAAAGAUGGGCUUGCCCACAGCACCCUUCUUUGCAAAAGUCGAACCCAGCAAGCCCACGGCCAUGAGGAAGAGGAGGUGGUCGGCACCCGAGACGCGCAAACUGGAGAAGUCCGAAGACGAGCCGCCUUUGACUCUUCCCAAGCCUUCUCUGAUUCCUCAGGAGGUCAAGAUUUGCAUCGAGGGCCGGUCUAACGUGGGCAAGUAGAGACAGAGCAUGGGCCAUGCGAUGCGGCUGUCCUGUGCCCUUCGUAUCCAGAUUACUGUACUGUAGGCUAAAUAACACAGUAUUUACAUGUUAUCCUCUUCUUUAGAUUUCUGUUCUAACCUUGUCAUUAGAGUUACAGCAGGUGUCGCAGGAGACUGGUGCAUACGCUUUGUCCGCAAGUGUCUGUCGGGGAGUGGCGGAGAGGGUCUUUGGCAGACGUAGUGGGUGGGAGUGAAUGUGGCUUCCUGGUGCCUGUCUUCCCCAACAGCCGUUAUGGGGCCGAGUGCCACAGGUGUCCCUGGAAGUCCACUGGGAAGGGCCCUGCAGGGGAGCAAGGGUGCGUGCCUGUUGGGGGUGCUUGGGUGCCUCGGCAGAAGAACCUGAGGGUCCCUUUUUCUCUGCCUCCCUCCUUGUCACUCCCUUGCCAUCAGCAUAGGCUUGCUGGGGCAAGGUGGGGCUGCAGUGUGGUGCAGAGCAGAGCUUCCUCUUGGGGUUCUCACAUUCAAAGUCAGCAUCUGGAAUGCAGUUUCUGGGCAGGUGGCAGAUGGAAAGGAACGCUCUCCUCCAUUUCAAUGAACGGUUUUCUCUCCAACAUAUUUUACAAUAAAAAGCAACUUUUAAUCAUAUAGAGAUAUAUUUCCCCCUAUGGGGCCUUGACUGCACUGAUAUAUAUACACAUAUAUAUAUAUAUAUAUAUUUUUUAAAGAGCAACUGCCACACGUGGGAUUUCAUUUCUGCUUUACUGGUGCAGUGAUGUUGCUAGAGUGUUCGCAGUGGCUGGGAAGGCCCUGCCCAGGUGACCCCUGGUCUACACCCUGAGGGGUGGCUGGAACUGGGGCUGGGACAAGGGAAUAUCCACACCACUGGUUCUGUGCAGUGUUAGCAAAUGCAAUCAGGUCCUAGCCUUGACCUCUCUUCCCAAAGGAGGACGCAAGGUGCCAGUGAGUGAGAGCAGCGGAAGCUCUUGCGCUGGGUUAGCAAAGAAACCUUUCUGUCUUUACGCUCUAGUCCUAUUAAGCAUUCAUGGCAAAGGACAACAAGGGUGCCACUGUUCGCAGAUUCCAGUGUGAUGGGAAGAGUUUAGAGUUAGAAGAUGAGCAUGUAUUCCUGUCUCUGAGCACUUAAAAUGCGUCACACUUUACCACCAAGCAUCUUGGUCUGCCAUUUGAUGAGUAUCUCACUUUAAACUGGCGGGGAAGAGACGACGACCAAAAUCAAACUCAGUUGCUUUCUUUUUUGGGGGUUUUCAACACUGUAACUGCAUUUCGGCUCUGCAGAGUGACUCACGGCAAGAUCUCGAAGGUCUCCCUGUGGUUUAAAGGCAUGAAUGUGAAUGACGAACUAGUGUGUGACAGUCCGUGACCACCAAGGGACUACCUGACAGGAGGCACUUGUCACUUUGAUGGCGCAGAAAGAGUGAGAAGGCUUAUCGUGUGGAGAGUUGGCAGAGAAACAGAGAAAAGGGAUGGAGAGAAGAACCCUCGUUUUUGUCCAGUGUUUUUCCUUUUAAGAUGAACUUUCAAAGAACCUUGCGAUUUGCACAUCUUGAGUUUAUAAUCUGUGUGAUACUCCUGCAGUUUUUACCUAACAUUGUGGGAAAGGUUUGGGGGGUCUGAACAGCAUCAAUAAAUGUAGCAAAAAUUACUUUCUCAACUGCCUAAAACUCUAGGCUACUAUUUUAUAAGGUUAUGUUCCUUUCAGAACUCAUUUUGGUCUUUUCUACCACCUCUGUCACAAAAAGCCAGGUCUUGGCAGGACGACUCGGAAUUGUCUUCAGAUUUAUUCACUGAGAGAGUUUUCCAUAAUGACAUUUAUAUAUGUGAGCAAGUUUUUUUUUCAAAGGAUUACUUUAUUAUUGUUGUUAUUAAUGUUAUUUUCGGAAAGACUUCUCUAUUUUUUUUCCUUCUGUUAGAAAUCAAAUCAAGAUUUAGUGUUUGGUACAAAUCCAGAAAGGGUAUUUUAUAGUUUAAACCCUUCAUUCCCAGGGAUCUGAAAUAUCAUUUGUGGAUUUUUGAGGGUAUCUCAAAAUGCUUUAAAAAAGAAAAGAGUUUUGUAAGUCGGGAGAAUUUUAAAAAUAUUCUUGGAUGGCUGCAGCUAACCAGAACCAGUGUUUAUCUGAUGUUUCAUUUUCAUCAUUGAAAAAUCAUCUUUCAGCCAUUUCUCAAAUUCUCAAAAGGAAGAUAUGCUGACCUCUAACCUGCGUGUUGGCCCUCUGGGAUUCCUCUGUAUUUGGUCCUCAUGGAGUCUGAUGAUUUUUACAAACCACUUUCUGGUGUGUACCAAAAACCCUUGCCUAGGUUCAGAGUAGCUAGACCCCAUCCGUGAAUGUCAUUACCCUCGCAGCUCGCUAGCAGGGCUGGCUUGGGUGGGUCCGACCUCAGUCAAGGCUGCUUAGUUAAAUGCUGUUAUUUUUUUUUUUUUCAGACAUUUCUGUUUCAAGAACUUGUUUCAUCUUCCACAUAUUCUGCUCAGGGCACUUGCAAUGAAUAGGUUUUGCUUUUCCUUUUGUUUCCUGAUGGUAAGAGGACGAUGGGGCUGCCACAGAAACUUGGUUCUCACAUGGACUCAGAAACACACACAUCCCUCUGGCUCACUUCACUCACUGAACUGACCUGAUGCACUCCCCCGACACUAAAAUGGGAAAACACAUGUGGUUCGGAGCAAUAGGCACAUCUUCAUGAUUUUUGUGGUACUAGUUCCUGCAUAUGAAUUCUCAAACAAUUGGUUCUUUCUAAAACCUUCCUUCCAUUUCAUACUCUUCUGCUUUUUUAGCCUGUGCAAUACUUUCUGUGCCAAUAACGUCUGACCCGGUGUGCUACGGUUUGAAGCUCGCUCCUUUGAGACUUCUUUCUUCUUUGCUCCAUCUUUCCCAUCUUCUCCAUGUGGCCAGGAAUGGAGACAGCCUCCUCCCAGCUGUCCCAGCUGUGGAUGCACAAGAUCUGGGUGGGAGUCUUCAGGAGCCCUCCCCGUGUGUGUCUGCUGCUGUGCCGCAGGACGAGGAGGCGGUGGGAGAACCACAGAGUCCCAUGGCAUCACAGAAAAGUGACAGAGCCUGGCCAGGAAGGAUGCAGGUCUGGGACGCACUCGGGAGCAGCAUAGGCUGGAGGCAACCCUGUGGUCCAGGGUCUUUCCAGGCGGCAAGCACACUGCCCGUCCUCUUGAACCUGUGUCCUCCGAGCGUGGGUGGCAUGUGUGACCGGGUGGGUGUGUGCAUGCAUGUUGAGGACCAGGGACUGGGGAGGAGGGGCCUAGCUGCCAACCACGGUCCCCGCCCCUGGGAGGGGUGGCCGUGACCAAUGGAUGCUCCAUGUAGCAAGCCUGUGGAUGACGGAGGCUGCACUUCUUGGGUGCGCUGCAGCUCACAAGCAUCAGCAGCGUGCCUCUCUAUUGUGUCCACUUGGCAGUCCUCACCCAGAGCCGUGUUGUGUGAGCGUGUGCAUUCUUUCCUGUUUUCCAUUUUGAAACUAACAACAGGCCUUCUGUGUUUACAACCAAACACAAUCACCAAGAAAAUGAGUCAGGGCGAAAAGAAAAAAAAAAAAAAAAGAAUACUAUUCAUAACAAACCAACAAACAAAAACCUCUCUGUAUAGGGAUUUCUAAAUAUAUAAAAAUGACUGUUCCUUAGAAUGUUAAUCUUUCAGUUUUCCUGGGCCCACCUUGGGGCAGGGGGCGGUGGGCGGUGAGGGAGGGGGACGGCAGUGAACGCCACUUACCUCGAAUCGUUCAAGUGGACUCCAGGUUGUGUUUUUGUUUGGCCUGGGGGGUGGGGGUGGGAGGGCACCUUUUCUACAUGGGUGGGUUGGUCGAUCGGUCGAUCCUGGGUUCCCGAUGCAUCUGCAUACCCAAUCUGGCAAUGGGAUGACUUGGUGUCACUCAGCAGCGUGACCCCAGCUUCUCCCUCAGAGUCGUGAGCCUCUGUGUGUUGUGUGAGGUGAGUGUGAUGGGCUUUUCCCUUCCCCCUUUCUGUCCCCCCUUCUCCCCUAUUCCUGGAAGUGGCAGUAUCCCUCCUCCCCCCUUCCCCUUUCCCCUACAAGGAAUACUCUGCGGAAACUUCACACCUCUUACUCAGGGACGGGGCUGGUGUGUGUGGCACACCGCGGUGUCCGGAAGCAGCACUUUGACUGCUCUGGAGUAGGGUUGUACAAGUUCAAGGACUGUUUGGAUUUCCUGCAUCUUGUGGAUGGAGUCCUUAGACACCGCCUAGAUCGCAAUAUAAUGCUGCAUGUUCAGGAUGGACAGUAGCUGCUAGAAAUCCUAACAUCCACUCUUUGCACAGACGUUUGAUCUUUCCUGAAAGAUGUUGCUAAAAUUGAUUUUUCUGUUGUCGUUUGUAGUAGCUUUGGAUUUUGUUUUUGCUUCUUCAGGAAACAAUUGAUAAUGCCCGCUAACAUCUGGGACUACUAAGGAAACCUAUUUCUUUCGUUGAGAGAUGCUUGCGAAGACACUAACGCCAUGCUGUUUCAGACAUGGGUGAGGGCCCAGAGUUCCUGGGGCAGAAGACCAGGCUUCAGGAGCUUAGCUGGUCGUCACAGCUACCGCAUCCUGAAGCAUAGGAUCUCAACUGCCUGGCCUGCCCCCCUCCCAAAGCCCUGCAUUCCUCCAGUGCCCUGCAGUGUCACUCCCGAGGACCCCAGGUGACCACAGGGUCCCCCAGGGAUCCUGGUUGCUUGUGUGUAACCCGAAAGAGCAGUAUAUUUGACUUGUUUGUAAAGGGGGCGUUGGUGAUGGUGGUGGGGAAUCCUUGGUUUCCACAUGUGGAUUUUUUUCACCCAAAAUUUCUGAAAUAGCAAACUGAAGGACACACCCAGUCAUAAAUACACAGAGAAAGUGCUUUUGUCUCAAGCACCUGCCUAUGCUGCGGUGUUGGGUUGGUUUCCACUCUUUUCCACGGACAGUGUUGUUUCUGUUGCUAGGGAAAGUCCAAACGCCUUGUACACCUCUACCCCGGAGCCGAGAUUUCCCUCAUAGAUGACCUCGCUUCAAAUGUGUCACCUUACCGGUAGGCUCUUUUCUUGUAGCACUAUACUUGUGGGAAUUUCUUUUUUCUUUAACGUACACCUAAUUUGAGAAGCUGAAAAAAAAUGCAUUUUACGAAGCAC